AAAUGUCCAACGGCCAAAUGACAAAUCAGCUGAAUUUGGAGCAUCCGCUGCUGUCAGCCAUUCCGGGAAAUAAUUAUGCGCAAACGCAGCGCAUGCAUUACUAUCCCAACCACUACUACCCGAGCAACUACUUCCCGGGCCAUUACCACCAAGGACACCAAGGAUUCCAGGGGCAUCCGGGGCACCAGGGGCAUCCGGGGCAACUGGGACGACCCCCGCUCCAGGCGGCCGCCAGCAGCCACAACGGUGCUUAUGCGGCCACGGCGGCUGGCAGCGGACACUCUGGAUACGGCAGCAUCGAGCCCUCCGUGGAGUAUGAGCUGCCACAUGACCCACCCUCGGGCAGCUUCUCCUCCUACCACCCCAGCAGUGCGGGCAGUGGUCCCGCAUACCCACCGCACCACCCACAGGAGGCGCCACCACCGCCUCCACCCACCAAAUCCUCAAAGAAAUCGAAGAAAACCGCCGGCUCGGUGAUGAACGCACUAACGCUCCUCUCGUUCUUCUUCUUUGUGAAUCUGCUGCAAAACUGCCUAAAGGAUCACAUGGCGGACAUGAAUCCCACCGUGAUGGUGCUCACCGCCAGCGGGACUCGCAACCGUUUCAACAAAUUAGCCGAGAUGAACUCACGCGAACAAACCUCCACCACGGCCACCGAAUCGGCGGCUGCAUCAUCUUGGAAUCUGAAUCUGAAUCCGAAUCAAAAUCCGAAUCCGAAUCAGGCUGCUUUAGUUCCGGCCGUCGAGCCCAGUGUACCGCCCUCUAUUGUUUUGCCCACGGUGGUGCUGCAAUCGCCCUACAGUGGUGGCAUAUCAGAGGUGGCUAAUAAACCCCAUCAGCACCAGCAGUCGAACCCUCAGCAAAAACCCCAUGAUUAUCGUCCCCACAUCGUGGAUGAUGAUUAUAAUUACGGGCAGCGCAGACCUCCUUCUCAGACCACCUACGAUUUCUAUCCUAAUCGCACACACAUCGACCACUCGUCCCGGCCCGACUUUGAAUCGGAGUCGGUGGGGUCCGAUUACUAUCAGCACCACUACAACCCGUAUGCCGGCACAAAUUCCCGUCGGCAUCCUUGGUCUUAUGGCAGGCAGCGUUACUCAUCCGCACCGUGGUCUUCAGCUUCGUUGGGCGCUCAGUCGGGCGUGAGCUCUUACUUGGAUAAUGCCCAGCGCCGGCAAGGUGAUGAUGACGAUGGUCAUGGUUAUGGCUAUCGGGAUGGGAAUGGUGAUGGGGAUCGGGAUGGAGGGUACUGGGAUGGCGAUGAGGAUGAGGAUGGUCAGCAGCGGCGACGCGGCGAUGCUUUCUAUACUCGCACACGCAUUAAUUGA